ACCAUAAAAACCAAAACCCUAACUUCGCUUCCUCCUCUUUCGCUCCUGCUUCAGCGGAAAAAAACUGCCACAACAAUCGUCUGUAGCAGGAGCAGCUCUCUCUGCCUCUUUCAAUCACAUAUUAUCAAUCGCUUCUAUGCCUUCGUUGGUUAUAGAGAAGACACAGGAGAAUAAGAUGAAGAAAAAAGUAGUCUUGGACACCCCAGAAAUUGACUCUGUAACUCCGAAGAAGAAGAGCAAGAAGGAGUCAAAGCUCAUGGACAUCAAAGGAGGAGGAGGAGGAGAAGAGGAGGAUGAUAGCUCGAAGAAGAAGAAGAGUAAGGAGAACAAGAAGCGAAAAGCUUUGGAGAUCGAGCAAGAGAAUGGGUUUGAAGAAGGGAAGAGCGAGACAAGCUCGGAACUUGGUGAGCCUGUGAAUUUAAAGGCUGAUUCUAAGUUGAAGAAGAAGAAAGCGAAACUGGAGGCGGAAGAGGUGGAGGAAGAGGGAGUAAAGAGCGAGAAUCCUAAUGCGGUGUCGAAGUUUCGUAUCUCAGAGCCGUUGAGGGAGAAGCUGAAGGGGAAGGGGAUUGAGUCAUUGUUUCCGAUUCAAGCCAUGACUUUUGAUAUGGUUUUAGAUGGGUCGGAUUUGGUGGGACGGGCGCGUACUGGUCAGGGUAAGACCCUUGCUUUUGUGUUGCCUAUCCUGGAGUCUUUAGUAAACGGGUCAGCCAAAUCAUCAAGGAAAACCGGAUAUGGCAAGGCUCCAAGUGUUCUGGUGCUUUUACCAACCAGGGAACUGGCGACCCAGGUGCAUGCUGACUUUGAACUUUAUGGUGGGGCAAUGGGUUUGAUGUCAUGCUGUUUAUAUGGAGGAGCUUCAUAUCACUCUCAGGAAUCUAAACUAAAGAGAGGGAUAGAUGUUGUUGUUGGAACACCUGGUCGAGUAAAGGAUCACAUCGAGAGGGGCAAUCUUGAUUUGAGCACAUUAAAGUUCAGGGUUCUUGAUGAGGCUGAUGAGAUGCUGCGAAUGGGUUUUGUUGAAGAUGUUGAACUUAUUCUUGGAAAAGUAGAGGAUGUAAGCAAAGUUCAGACACUUCUCUUCAGUGCCACCUUACCAAGCUGGGUAAAAGAUAUAUCUUCUAGGUUUCUUAAAUCAACAAAGAAAACAAUAGAUCUUGUUGGUAAUGAAAAAUUGAAGGCCAGUGCCAGUGUCAGGCAUAUUGUUCUUCCCUGUACCACUUCAGCAAUAUCUCAGCUUAUUCCUGAUAUCAUUCGUUGUUAUAGCAGUGGAGGCCGUACAAUUAUUUUUACUGAGAGAAAGGAGUCUGCUGAUCAGCUUGCUGGGUUGUUACCUGGAGCACGACCUUUGCAUGGGGAUAUCCAGCAAUCUACAAGAGAGGUCACACUUUCUGGAUUCAGAUCAGGAAAGUUCAUGACAUUAGUGGCCACAAAUGUUGCUGCUCGUGGACUGGAUAUCAAUGAUGUGCAGCUAAUUAUCCAGUGUGAGCCGCCUCUAGAUGUAGAAGCUUAUAUACAUCGAUCUGGACGUACAGGAAGAGCAGGAAAUACUGGAGUUGCUGUUAUGCUCUAUGACUCUAGAAGGCAUAAUAUUUCUAAGAUAGAAAGAGAAUCUGGUGUGAAGUUUGAGCAUGUUUCAGCUCCCCAGCCUGCUGAUAUUGCUAAAGCGGUUGGUGAAGCAGCAGCGGAAUCAAUAACUCAGAUUUCUGACAGUGUGGUUCCUGCAUUCAAGUCUGCCGCAGAGGAUUUAAUGAAUAACUCCGGUUUGUCAGCUGUUGAAUUACUUGCAAAAGCACUUGCAAAGGCUGCUGGUUAUACUGACAUAAAGAGUAGAUCACUUUUAACUUCUAUGGAGAACCAUGUUUCGCUACUACUUGAAGCUGGAAAACCAAUCUACACACCAUCUUUUGCUUAUGGUGUGCUGAGGAGAUUCUUGCCCGAGGAGAAGGUCGAGUCUAUCAAGGGUCUAACUUUAACAGCUGAUGGAAAUGGUGCAGUAUUUGAUGUGGCUACGGAAGACUUGGAUACUUUUCUUACUGGUCAAGGAAAUGCAGCAAAUGUGAGCUUGGAGGUGUUGAAGGCAUUGCCUCGUCUACAAGAAAGAGAGCAGCAGUCAAGGGGAAGAUUUGGUGGUGGGGGUCGGGGUGGCUUUGGUGGCAGAGGUGGCAGGGGAGGUGGUUUUGGUGAUCGAAGAAAUAAUAGGUUUUCAAACAACUCUCGUGGAAGAGGAGGUUACAAAGGUGGCAACAAAUGGUGAAAUGCUUAAUAGCAUUUGGUUGUUGACUGACCCCCUUAGUAACAAGAACUUUUUGGACAAUGAAGAAAAUAUUUAGUAUGGAACAGCAGUGAUACAUACUUUGAUUUUCACCCCCUUUGUUUUUUUUUCAUCUUUGAUUUAUUUGUUGAGCCAAAGCUAAAACCAUUCCGUUUGGGGAUUUUUGCUCUCCCCACUUAUUAUAGCUUUUCUGCUACAGUUGAUGUAAUAUUUUUUAAUUUAUUGCCAAUGAAUUUCUGCCA